AUCCCUCCCGACCAGCAGCGUCUGAUCUUUGCUGGAAAGCAGCUUGAAGACGGACGCACCCUCUCUGACUACAACAUCCAGAAGGAGUCCACCCUCCACCUGGUGCUGCGUCUGAGAGGCGGCAUGCAGAUCUUCGUGAAAACCCUCACCGGUAAGACCAUCACCCUGGAGGUGGAGCCCAGUGACACCAUUGAAAACGUGAAGGCCAAAAUCCAGGACAAAGAGGGCAUCCCUCCCGACCAGCAGCGUCUGAUCUUUGCUGGCAAGCAGCUUGAAGACGGACGCACCCUCUCUGACUACAACAUCCAGAAAGAAUCUACUCUGCACUUGGUCCUGCGUCUCCGUGGUGGUAUGCAGAUCUUCGUCAAGACCCUCACAGGCAAGACCAUCACCCUGGAGGUGGAGCCAAGCGACACCAUUGAGAACGUCAAGGCCAAAAUCCAGGACAAAGAGGGCAUCCCUCCCGACCAGCAGCGUC